AUCGAUGUACAACAACUAAACCAUCAAGUUUCCGAAAAGAUGGAGAGAGAGGAAACUGAAUGCCUAAGAAACAUGGCCUAUGACCUUGAUGCAAUACGGAAUGAUCGGCUAGCAUCAUUGCUGCAAAAUCGUCAGGAAAAUGAUAUGCGAUUGAUAAAUAAGGCUAUUAAUGAAUUUCGCAGCCUUCACCAACAACCACACUCUAGACGCGAAUUCGAUUUGUAUGAUCCAGAUGCCCUAAAGCGUGACAAACCAGGCAGAAUUGGUGAUCAAGAUACAAGAUGCGGCAUUGCUUCUAUACAAAAAUUCAGUGGAGAGGAUCUGAAUGGUAGAGCUAGGGAUAAAAUACAAAAGGACCAAAUGCGAGAUUGGUUAAAUCGCCAGAUCAUAGAAAGAGUUCGCGCUGAAACUGCACAGAGACAGGCGGAAAGGUAA